AUGAAAUUCUCCCUAAUCCCCCUGACAACCCUCCUUCUCCCUCUUCUCGUCCACGCUCAGACACAGGUCACCUGUGCGGUGACCACUGCCGGCGCCACGAGCCGUUCAUGCACCUCAGCAAACACAAACCAAUGCCGUGUCAAGAAGACGUAUGCGCUGGGGGAGAAUGUAACUGUCUACUGCUACCGCUGGGGUGAUGUUGUGCAGAAUGACAGCAUGUGGUUCCAGUUGAUCAGUCGUGAUCCGUAUGAGUAUAUCCCGGCCAGCUGGGUGAAGAAUUGCUGGGGUGUCAGUCCGUGCAAAUGA